AGGUACGUGACGAAAACUCAUCUCUCUCACCAACAAACCCUGCAAAUUUAAACGAUUUAUUAUUGUAUAUUCACACACUCGCAAUGUGGAUUAAUGGAUUGUAUACCUUAAUUUUGCGUAUUCAUCCUUCUUUCAAAUUUUCAAUCGAUGAACUCUCAAUAGCUUGAUAAAACUCGGUGUGAGGAUCAGUUUAAUUCCCUAUGGCAUUUGCACAUUUUCAUGGACUUGGAUCUUUGCAAGUUACUUCACGAGAAUGUGUCUUCAACACACGAAAUGAUACAUCCAACAAUAGGCGUUAUGCUAUCAAGGCGUGCAUUAAGAAACCUGAUGAAAAUAUUCAUCUUGAAUCUAAGAUAAAUAAAGUAUUGGACAGCGUGAAAUGGGACGAAAAGGGUUUGGCUGUGGCUAUAGCUCAAAAUGUGGACUCGGGAGCAAUCUUGAUGCAAGGAUUUGCAAACAGGGAUGCACUUGCAACCACAAUUGCUUCCAAAAAGGCGACGUUUUAUAGCAGAUCAAGAUCAACAUUAUGGACAAAAGGAGAGACUUCCCUUAAUUUCAUCAAUGUGCAUGAUAUAUUCCUUGAUUGUGAUCGUGACUCGAUCAUAUACCUUGGAAAGCCUGAUGGUCCUACCUGCCAUACCGGAGCCGAAACUUGCUACUACACAUCCGUUUUUGAUUCUUUAAACGAACCACAGGUUGAAACAAGUAAACUGGCAUUGACCACAUUAUACUCACUGGAAUCUACACUCUCCAAACGAAAGGAAGAACUGUCGACACCUCAACAAGGCAAACCUUCGUGGACAAAACGCCUAUUGCUAGAUGACAAGUUGUUAUGCUCAAAGAUCCGUGAAGAAGCUGAUGAGUUAUGUAGAACACUGGAAGAGAACGAAGACGAAUCACGUACUCUAUCAGAGAUGGCAGACGUGUUGUACCAUGAAAUGGUGUUAUUAAUUCGCAGAGGUUUAAAGUUUGAAGAUGUUCUCGACGUUCUUAGAUGCAGGUUUACUCAAUCAGGCAUCGAGGAAAAGAAUAGUCGCAAAGCGAAAACCGUCACAUGAUAUACCAAGAUUUUGCUUUCUGUCAUAUGAACAUGGACAUGGACAUAUGCUAUGCCAUUUCUUUUAUCUUAAAAAUGUUGUUUUUGUUCGAUUUCGGAAAUCUUGUGCCAAGUGGUAGAUCUCAUUUACUGAUCUAUUUUCUUUUAUGCAUAAAAGGUUAUUCUAAAUGUUUUGGUUAAACGAGUAACGUUGAUGUGGGCCCGGUUGAGGUCGAGAUUCGAGACAUUGUAAAUCUGGGUUUGAACUUUGAAGGCUACGUGUUUUUUUUAA